CAUGCUUUUAUUUUGAAGGCUGAAGUCGGAAGUGUUUAAAAUGUGCUUAGUUAAAGUCUGUGCUUUACUCGUUGAAUGGGGUGCUCGGUUUGAGCUCUGUUGACUCUGCAGAUUUGGGUAGAAACCGGAGGAAUCAGACAUCAGAGAGAUGUGGUGGGUGCUGGGGGUGGUCACCGGCUUGCUGGUUCUCUUCUGCUGUCUGGAUGUGUGGUAUUUCCUUCGGGUAGCAGCAGUGGUCCUCUGGGCCUGGUUCCAGCCUCCAGUCUGGGACGUCACAGCAGAACAGGUCCUAACAGGCCGGGUCACUCCACGUGACAUUGACAUGUGCCACAUGAACAAUGCUCGUUACCUGCGGGAGUGUGACUUUGCCCGCUUCUCCCUAUACACGCGUAACGGUGUGUUCAAGGCCGUGCGAGCCCUAGGAGCUUCAAUGGUAGUGGGGGCCACCACCAUUCGUUACCGAAGAGCUCUAUGUAUAGGUGAAGGGUACGAGCUGCGGAGUCGGAUCGUCACUUGGGAUGACAAAGCCUUUUUCCUGGAGCAGAGAUUUGUGUCAACAAAAGACGGGUUGGUGUGUGCUGUCAUGUACUGCAAGCAGAGUGUCAUCCGCAGCAGCCCAGACAAGAUCAUGCAGCACCUGUGUAAAAGGAAGGUGGAGUGUCCUGAGUUUCCAGAGGACCUUCAGCACUGGGUCAACUUCAUCUCUGCCAGCAGCCAGGCCCUCAGGGCAGAGAGUGGACUGGAGGAGAAGAACAAAUGAGGCACUGCACAGGCAGUUAUUAAGACUGGCUUUUUGUUAGCCAGCUAAUACACCUGCUAUUCAGAAGAUUCAAAAUCUUCUGAGAGAGACGUUUGUCUUCUCUUGGCUUUUGGCAUCCAAUCUACUUGACUUGAACACACAUGUGCCUUCUUUACUCUUUUGAUAUUGAGCUUUACUUAGUAAUUAAUGUCAAACAAGGGAAGAAACAACAAUUCUUACUUAUACACUAAAAGAAAAACUGUAUGAUUAUAUAAAGUGUACAUUCAUGUACCACAGAAGCAUUAAACAAAUACAUCUUAAACUAUCCUGUACAGGGAGCCUCACAUACUUUCAAUACAGUGAGUCAAUUCGGGGUUUAAAGUUUUUUUUUUUUUUUUUUUUUUUUACUGUAAUCAAAUGUGAAGCUGUGAGAAGAGUAUGAUUUUAAAACUGCAAAAUCGGUGAUAGUGGUUACAGAUUAGAAAAAAAGAUGCACUACAACAAAUGAUGAUUUGACCAAAGUAUUGUAGAAAUGUAUGUACAAUAACAAUAAAAUUGGUCAAACUGUCAAA